GAGGGAGACGCGGGGAGACUCAGAGGGAGACGCGGGGAGACUCAGAGGGAGACGCGGGGAGACUCAGAAGGCGGGCGAGGAGGUGAGGAGAGGUGACCCUGGACGCGAGGAGAGGAUGGGAGCCGCCGCCGCGGAGUGGAUCAAUCUGGGUGGCCAAGAGCUGCUGAUGAGCAACGUCGCGGAGCCGUCAUCCAGCCGACGCUGCCUGAGCCCCACCGGGGAGUACAGCCUCGGCCAGGAUGGCGAGGCGAAACACAAGAUGCCAUGCUGGUUGAUGUUCGUGCUCAUUGUGCUCUUUGUACUGAGUGGAGUUUCAUUCGUCGCUUGCGGAUUCCUCUACUAUGAACGAUUCUUCACUCAAAACACUCCACCGAAAAAUUUACCAUCGGGAGUUUUUGGGAAGAAUAUAAUGCCAAGAGGUGACAUGAAUAAUCACUCUGACUCUUCUCAUCAUGCUUUAAACACAGAUUUAGAGCUGUCUGUGGAAGAGAGAAUACAUCAACUAACAGUGGAAAUGGAAGCUAUAACAUUCAAGCUGUCUAACAUUCAAGAGCUCAAAGGAGAGGCCGGUUUGCCAGGUCUUGCAGGGCCCCAGGGAGAGCCUGGGAGACCUGGGCCACCGGGCAGCCCUGGGCCAAUGGCCGAGAGAGGCAGCAAGGGGGAAACAGGUGAAAAAGGCAGUGUGGGAGUACCAGGCCUUCCAGGCACUAAAGGAGAGAAGGGUUCCCUUGGAGAUCCUACACUGCGCGGUUUGCCUGGACCGAAGGGCGAUGCAGGAACAAAUGGACAGCGCGGUGAAAAGGGCGAACGGGGUUCCAUGGGUUCUCCAGGGGUCAAAGGUGACACAGGGGAACGUGGAUUAAGCGGGGCCCCAGGUGUGCAGGGGAGCAAAGGUGAAGCUGGCGCCCCAGGAGCAGCAGGACCCCGUGGAGCUCCUGGGAGUGUGGGAUUACCUGGCCAUCCGGGGCUCAAAGGAGAGGGGGGUCCAUCGGGGGUGAGCGGACUGCGGGGGGAGCCCGGACCAAAGGGAGACACUGGUGUGAAAGGACAUCCCGGAGAAAAGGGUGUCCAGGGUGGAGUUGGUCUCUCUGGCCUCAAAGGACACGCAGGGGAACGCGGAGAGAAUGGCACUCCAGGUGCCAAGGGGGACAAAGGGGAUGCUGUUGUGGGGCAGGCUGGACCUGCCGGCCCACGUGGACCCCCUGGACUACUUGGUGAAAAGGGCAUGAUGGGAGUGCCAGGUAUUCCAGCCACAAAAGGAGAGAAGGGUUCCAUUGGAGAUCCUGGACUACGUGGUUUGCCUGGACCGAAGGGCGAUGCAGGAACAAAUGGACAGCGUGGUGCAAAAGGCGAACAGGGUUCCAUGGGUUCUCCAGGGGUCAAAGGUGACACGGGGGCACGUGGAUUAAGCGGGGCCCCAGGUGUGCAGGGGAGCAAAGGGGAAGCUGGCGCCCCAGGUGCUGCAGGACCCCGUGGAGCUCCUGGGAAUCCUGGGCCAGUGGGAUCUCAGGGAGAGCGUGGCCCGAUAGGGCCUCAGGGCUUGCCUGGUCCACAGGGAGUAUCUUCACAUGCACAUAUGGUGCGGCUGACCGGUGGCCAGGGCAGGCACACUGGGCGCUUAGAGGUGCUUCACGACGGAGAGUGGGGCACCGUGUGCGAUGAUAAAUGGGACAACCAAAACAACAUCUUGGUGUUGUGCCGCAUGCUGGGAUUCCGAGGGGCAGGCCAGAUGCAGAAACAUGGAGCUGGCAGUGGCCGCAUCUGGUUGGACGAUGUGAAUUGCGCUGGUGACGAGAUGAGCUUGCUACUCUGUCCUGCCCGUGAUUGGGGGAAUCACAAUUGCAAUCACAAUGAGGAUGUCGGAGUCAGGUGCGAAAUUUAAGACGCGUCAAAUUAGCAACAAGCAAAAUGUGUACAGCAUCGCAUGUAUCAAGACCACCAGCUCAAAAAUAAACGGAAUGUGGCAAUAUAUUAUUCCAAAAUAAUAGGGCUUUUGCUUUCAUUAACCACUUAUACACUAACAUCAUCUUAAACCUAUUCAAAACAUCAAAUACAUAGCACUGAAGGAAAAUGGGGGGGGGGGGGAAUAAGGCAUAUAAUUACAUACAAUGAAACAGCAGUCUGCUCUCACACUCGCCCACCACCAUUAUCUAAGAAUCGACCUCCUUCACCAACAGUCAAUAGCAUCGUUCAUAAUCAUCAGCGCUGAUAAUUCCACAAGCCGCUGCUACUUCCCACGAUUGCAUAAUCUCGUUGGCGAACGUCCCCGUCAGACGCGUUCCAUUCCUUGGCUGCCACUCUAUGAUUAUUCUUGACCACCGUCAAUCAUCCCUUCUAGCUGUGACUCAUCCUGGCCCAAGCCCACUCAGCGUACGUCCUCUACUCCUCUUCUGUCUCUGUGUAAUUCCAAGCAUGCGUCUCUCCGUGCUUCUUUAUGCACUUUUCAGUUUUUGUAAAAUGUUUUGUUAAUGACUGCGUUCAAUCAAACCUGUACAUAAAAAACCAUACAGAAUAACAAUGACCAUGUUCUAUGGAAUAUUUUAGAUUUCGGUAUGUAGCUAACACAAGGCAUUCAUCAAUACUUUAAACGCAUUAAUGUUUCUACUUUAUUCAAUCAUAACAUUACAUUUUUGUUAAAAUGUUAAUGCUGCGUGUGUAUUUCAAACAACAGUGUAAUGAUGUUAACCCAUGCGUUACCAAGAAAUGGUCCAAUUCAUUUAUGGCGUAACAGCAGGAUGCCGUGACAUUUCACCGACAAGCUGCAUAUUUUCUGCAUAAGCAUGUUUUUCCAACUUCGUAUUUUUUGUAAAAUAAUCACCAAUGCGACGAGACGCAUCGCAGCCCUUUCCGCUUCCUCAUCAUGGUUGCUGCCAGCAAACUCGAAAGCAGAUUUACUUCCCAUUACAGCCUGAUAAUUAUGUAGGGAUUACUCUGUGCUGUAAAUGCAAUCAAAACCGCCGAGGGCUCCACACACACCUUGGUAGCGGUGCAGUCCUGAAAUUGUUUGCUCACGUCACUGCUGACAGAAGGGCCUCAACCAGAGAACUCCAGAGGCUAUUUGGUCUACUCUUCCAUGGUGACCUUGGAAGAGCACACACCAUGGAAUUCCCCAGUUUAAACUGCACACACCCUCAGCUUCCAUCCGCAAUGUUCUUGCCUAAUCAUACAAUGCACGCCAUUACACUCAUGACUCAUAUUUCUAUGAUUGCAAAAAAGACAACUUGCGUUAUGCAACAAGCAAAUCCGCCACCAUACACGUGUAGGAUUUUAGGUACAUAUACACACACGAGUCUCCACGUUUAAUCAUAACUGGGAUGGUUAAGGUACCUUGAUGGUGAAAAAGGCAUUCAACAUUUUCCAUUUAUGAUGUUGCAAAAAAACUUCCAUAACAUUCACAACCAAAUGCCACGUCCAGUUCUUAUACAUCCUUCAUUAACUCAAGAAAUCGCAUUGCCUCUUUGCAAGGGUGAUUUAGGUAUCAUCCAUAGUAUGGAUAUUGGUCGCGAAAGCCUACGUGUUAAACUGAACCGGGUUACAUAAGUAACAAUUUAAGAACACAACAAAAAAGCAUUUAACGAAGAAAUGUUUACGUUCAUUAAAUAUUUACAUGUGCAGUAUACUGUAGAGCAUUCAAUCAAGUCAUGUUUCUGUUAAAGGCACAGUUGAUUGUUUAUUUUUACAGGUAACA